AUGGGGCGAGUGGGCACCGAGGGUGAUGCCGAUGGCUUCCUCUGCCUCACUGAAUUUUAUGGCACGUGGAACAUUGUGCCUUUGAGCUUUGAUGGUCACUUGGGCGUCUCCGUCACAAUCCCCAUCACACCCGUCUUACCUCCAGGGGGACCCGAGCCAGACAACAAUCGACGCGCCCUGAGCCCCAUCAGCAACACCUUUGUUGUCCAAGAACAGGGAUUAGUCGCCUUUUUCGCGCGCGACACAUCGAGCUUCGAUCCACUGCCCUACGCUUUUCUCUGCGUCUUUGAUCGCGGCGAUGCCUCUUUUGUUUUCAAGCCCAUCGGGGUCGCGCCCGCAUGGAGCAAUGGCACAACGUUUUUGCAGCUCGCCUGGCUUACCCCAACGCUUGUCGUGGCUCAGCAUGAUGGCCGCGCUAUCAUGUAUCGCUUGCCCUUAGCAGCUGACACCCCACCCGAUCUGGUCCUCAACCGCACAGUGCAUCGCUUUUAUGCUGCCGACGGUCAGUUGUGGUUGCUACAAACCUACCACAUGGUCGCCUCUCAAUCACACGACCUCGUGCUAUGUGGGCUGCCGGCACCAACUUCGGGGAAUGCAUCUACUGUCACGACCUCUGCUCGAUACGUGACCCUGGGGGACGCCUGGGCUACGAGCGACCUGGCCCUUGCCAUCCAAGGGAACAGCCUUUUGCUCGCUUCAGCAGCCUUUACGCUGGCGCUCGAGCUUCUCCCGACGGCCGUGGACUCUGCAACAAGUCAAGUUCUAUUCCUCAACAAGUCUUGCAGCGGACGUCUUAUGCCACCCACGGGAUCCUUAACCACAACCCCUCCGCCGUCGACGAGUGAUCCCUGGACCACCUCGACAACGCGCUCCUCAACCGCCCCAAUGGCAACUUCGACCACUCCCGUGACGACCUCGGCCACGAGAACCACUGCCAUUAACACAACGGCAUCGACAGCCCAUAGCACCACCGGGCCCAGCACAUCUGGUCCCAUGACAACCACCCUACCCAUUACAGCGACCACGCCAAUUGGCAGCUCGUCAGGUACAACAAAUUCGUCUGUUCCUUCCACCACAACCACCAGUAACACGCCAACCCCAUCGUUCUCGUCGACAUUGAUAAGCACGGCGACCACGGCGACCACGACCACGACCACGACCACGACCACGACCACGACCACGACCACGACCACGACCACGACCACGACCACGACCACGACCACGACAUCUACUUCAUUUACAGCGAGUUUCAUUCAAUCUACGCCAACAACUCGUGCAGGAUCAGCCUUACAGCCACGAGACAACUCCAAAGUCUUAAUUGCAGCGAUUGUCGCGGGAGCCAGUCUUUUGGCCAUUGUGGACGCCGAGUUUGAUUUCCAUGAUCGAGGGCACGUCGAUAAGCGUCUUGCGGAACGGGCUGGGCAUGAUCUGGAGGUCGACGGACAUGAUUACAGUCGUCUGCCCACCUGGAAGCAACUCCGGCAUGCCGUCAGCACGCGUGAUUACCCCGCCUUCUCAUCCAUUCUUUGCCGAGCGUCGAGCGAGGCCAUGGUCGUGUCCCUGUUGGCCAAGCUUGUAGUACUCGACUUGAAAGCGGGUGUUAUCACAAAGUUGGUGGUCGAGGCUCUGCGCGCUCACCCUGACCUGGCCUAUUUCUUGGAUGAGAAUGGAUACACCCUGCUUCAUCAUGCUGCCAUGGCCGGCACGAGCAACUGGUGUCAGGCGCUGUUGGACGCACAUUUCGAGCCCAUGUCCCUCACCAGCAAGAAAGAAACACCGCUCAUCAAAGCUGUGCAAUAUCUGAAUCUGAACGCAAUUCGGCCGUUGGUCCGGUGUACACAUCCAGAGGACUUUGUGCAUUGCGACGAUGCGGGGUAUAAUUGUCUACACUGGGCCUGUAUUACGGGAAACCGGGAGGCUGUGCAUUUGUUGCGUCCGGCAUACGACACCUUGUUAGUCAGCAAGACGAGAACCGAGGACACGGUGCUGCAUCUUCUGGCGCGGGAGGGACACGAUGUUCUUCUGGAGGAAGUCCUGCGCCUGAAUCGAUCGCAGGCAGUGAUGCUGCUCAUUGAUUAUAACGAAAACCACCUGCAAGCCGUGGACGUCGCCGAGCAAGCUCAUCACCAAAGCGCAGCCCAGGUAUACAUACCCUCGUGA